AUGAAUUCGAUCCACCAUAUUCCCGACGCAUCCGCCUUCACCAGAACCCAGCAGCUGCAUAUCAUCAGGCGCACCAUAGAUGGCAACUCGUUCAACUGGCUCGUGUGGGCCGUUGCCGCCCUGGGCCUGCUUACCGAUUCGUACAAUCUGUUCACCUUCAAUGUCAUCAUCAACGCCUUGUACUUUGUCUACUGGCCCGACGAGGACGACACUCAGAAGGAGUUCCUCAUCAACAUGACCACCCUCGUCGGCUCCAUUGUUGGCCAGAUUGUUUUCGGCAUCUUUGCCGACAAGUUCGGGAGAACCCGGCUGUAUGGCGUCGAGUUGGUCAUUGUCAUCUUCUCCACUUUGGGCGUCGCCUCCGCCUCCAGGGGCGAGGGCUCCAUGGACAUCCUCGCAUGGCUCCUGGUAUGGCGUUUCGUCAUGGGAAUAGGCAUUGGCGCUGAAUAUCCGCUUAGUGCAGUCAUAACUACCGAAUGGUCUCCUACACAUGCGCGUACGCGUAUGAUGGGCUCCGUGUUCUUGAUGCAGCCGCUCGGUCAGCUCAUCGCAAACCUGGUAGGCCUCGGCGUCGUCAUGGGCUACAACAGCAAGCACCAGCUCGACAAGUGUUCAAGCCCCAGCAUUGGCGACUGCCGCCAACAGGUUGACAGGAUAUGGAGAUGGGUCACCGGCGUCGGCGCCAUCCCAGCUCUCCUCGCCAUCGUCUUCCGCUUCCUGAUCAAGGACCCCGGCCUCUACGAGCUCGAGGUCCGCAACGACGGUGACAGCGCCUUCAAGAACACCGACGAGGUCUACGGCGGCGGCAUCCCAGAACCCGACUCCCACGGACCCCUCAGGCACACGAGAGGCAGCAGUCACUUCAUGGACAUGGGCGAGCCGCCCCUCCCCGUCCAAUUCUCCCGCGCCGACCUCUAUGACUACUUCAUCGCCCAAGGCAACAUCUGGUACCUCGUCGGCACCUCGACCACCUGGUGGCUGGUCGACUUCGCCUUCUACGGCCUGGGCAUGGGCAACCCGCGCACGCUCGCCAAACUCUGGCUCAAGGGCUCCGAGCGCAACGCCCGCGUCGCCGCCCUAGGCGGACGUGUACCAACCUGGAACGUCCUCGCCCCCAGCGGCCGCCUCUCCGCGCACGAGCACAACGACGGCAACAACAUCCACGCCGCCCUCGUCGAGGGCGCCAAGCGCAACAUCAUCACCGUCAGCAUCGGGUCCGUCCUCGGCUCCGCCGCCUUCAUCCUCCUCGGCGACCGCCUCCCGCGGCGGCGCGCCCUGACGCUCUCCUUCGUCGCCCUCGGCGCCCUCUUCCUCGCCACCGGCGGCGCCAUCUUCGCGACCGGCGACACGGCGCGCCACGCCCUCUCGGUCGCGCUCGUCGGCCUCAUCUACUUCGUCUUCAACCUCGGCGCCAACACCCUCACCUUCGUCCUCCCCGCCGAGAUCUUCCCCACGCGCUACCGCUGCGCGUGCCACGGCGUGUCCGCCGCGUGCGGGAAGCUCGGCUCCGUGCUCGUGCAGUGGAUACUGCGGCGCGCCAGGUUCGAGGGCGUCAAGGCCGACGACGUCGCCGGCGAGAAUCUGGGGUACGUCUUCGUCGUGUUUGGGUGCGUCAUGCUGACCGGGACGCUGUUUUCGUGGGCGUGGAUACCCGAGGUGCAGAAGAGGGGGAGGAUGAGGGAUGGAGACGACGAGGAGCGGCGGCGGCGGCGCGGUUGUUGUGGUAGUAGUGGUGGGCUGUUGAGGGUUUUGCCGAGUAAGACGCUGGAGGAGCUGGGGAAGGGGAUGGAGGCGGCGAGGGCGGAGAAGGUGGCGGUCGAGGCGAGUUCGAGCAUGGUGGGAGCCGGGUCGGCGGAAGAGGAGGGAGUGGAGAUGGGAGAUGUCAGAAGGAGGAGGGGGAAGGAUUGGAGGAGGUGGGUCAGGAGGGUUUGA